AUGGCUUCCACCGAAAACCAAGACUCUUCCGCCGCCAUGGCCCAGCAACAGCAGCAACAGCCCGCUCAGCCGACUCAAGCUGCUCAACCGCCAACUCAGGGCUCUGUACAACCUCAGCAGCCCCAAGCACAACCACAGCAGCCGCAGCAACAGCAGCAGCAACAGCCGCAGCAGCAGGGCGUCCCUCAGAUCCAAUCGUCACAGCAGCCUUUGCAGCAGAAUAUCGUCUCUGCUCCGGCUACUGCGCAACAAGCUGCCGCCGUGGCCGCUGCUGCCUCUGCAGUGCCCAUCACGGCAUCUCAAGACGCGAACAACAAUGCCUCAAAUCAGCAGCAGUCGGACCUCGCUUGUCAAUGGACUGGUUGUCGCGAAAUCUGCCCGACUCCUGAGGCGCUUUAUUCACUGGAAUCAUCGCCUCUAACGUCUGGGCCACAGGAACACGUCUGCGAACGCCAUGUUGGGCGAAAGAGCACGAAUAACCUCAACUUGACCUGCUCAUGGGGUAAUUGCCGUACUACAACGGUCAAGCGUGAUCAUAUCACUUCUCACAUUCGUGUCCAUGUCCCACUGAAGCCUCACAAAUGUGACUUCUGUGGCAAAGCCUUCAAGCGCCCGCAGGAUCUAAAGAAGCAUGUAAAGACACAUGCGGAUGAUUCAGUUCUCGUUCGAUCUCCUGAACCUGGUCCUGGAACACGACCGCCAAAUGGAAUGUUUGGGGUCGGUGUCGGCCCAGACGGCAAAACUAACCAGGCUCCGUACAUGUUAGCCGGCCACUAUUUUGAUGGCUCGCUGGGACCCGUCCCAGGCGCACCGUACGGACAUGCUCCACCGCAAUAUUAUCACCCUCAACAUCCGCAACAUCCUCAGCACCCCCAGCAUCCGUCGAACCCAUCGUAUGGCAAUGUUUAUUAUGCCGUGGGAAGUGAUGCCGCUCAUCAGGCUUCGUACGAGUCAAAGAAGCGGGGAUACGAUGCACUGAAUGAGUUCUUCGGUGAUUUGAAACGACGUCAGUUCGACCCCACUUCUUAUGCGGCGGUUGGACAACGCCUGUUAAAUUUGCACGGGUUGCCUCUACCUUUGCUCAUGCCUGCGAUGGUCACCAUUGGCGGGCAUGAAGCUAUCACUCGCCCCAAUCCCCGCACAGUCUACCACUGCCUCCGAUGGUUCCUGGAGCAAAUGCAAACAACCGUUUAUGAAGGCGACGAUAAUGUCGCGGCCGCUGGCGUCGCUCAGCCAGGUGCACAUUACAUCCACGGGGCCUUGAGUUAUCGCACAACCCACUCUCCUCCUUCGGCCACGCAUUUGCCAUCCAGCCAUGCCACUGCAACAGCAACGUCAGCUCCACCAGUUACCUCUGCGUCUGCUAGAUCCCCGCACAGUGCAACGCCCGUUUUGACUCCUCCUUCUAGUGCUCAAUCGUAUACGUCUGGCCGUUCGCCCGUCUCGCUCUCGUCCAGCCAUCAGAUCUCGCCGUCGUCCCAACCGUCCCAGCCACAGACGAGUUCAAGCAUGUAUCCAACCCUCCCGACCACCGCCGCCCAGCAGUCCGCAUCGACCGGAUACCUUAACGUUUCUAGCGCCGCGCCACCAUCCACCUUGAGCAGCAUCUUUGAAACUGACGAUCGUCGACGGUAUACUGGUGGUAUGCUGCAGCGAUCUCGUGUGGAGUAUUCGGAGCCGAUGGACAUGUCGAUGGACGGCAGCAACGACAGCCCCAAGGUGGCGUCUUCGGAUCAAGACAAAGUGGCUGACAACAUGAUCGACCCCUUUCUUCGACGCGCAUCAAGUGACCGGCAAUCUGAUCGCGAUUCCACGUCCACAGUCAAACGCGGACACCGCUCCAGCAGUCCGGACUCUGCACGCCCUCCCCGCAAAGGCUCUAAUCGUACCGACGAGGAUAUGUGGGUGGAGAACUUAGUCAGCCUUUUUACGGUCUAUGCAAUUCCCUUCCAUGAUAGAUUUCCCUUCCACCCACAUCCAGCCCACAGAAAACACCCUCCUCCGUCGUCCCGCCUUGUCGGACCCAGUCCUGACGCGAAAACCGAUCGCUACGUGAUAUCAUCCCAACUGCUCGUCACCAGGAGAGAAACCCGGAUCUUGGUCUUGCUCUGGAAACGUGCGACUCCUGCGACCACUCCAUCUACGAAAAAAUCACUCCGUCGCGCAUUUUCGAUUCGAAAAUACCGUGCAAGGAACAAUCGGUUUGGGGGUUAA